CCUUCUCCCUCACCUCACCACCUCACCUCCACCGCGCCGCUCCUCUCGCCCUCCGCUCCGCCAGCGUGCUCGUGCCGCAGGACUAUUGGCGAUUGCGAUAGUUGCUGCUGGCGCACGUUGCACCGCCGCCGCAGCCCGUCCGUCCGCGGCUUCGUCCUCGAGCUGGCCCAGAUUGCGAACGCAUCAGCGUUGACCGGGAUUGGCUCACUUGCAGCACCUCGACACCUCUCUCCUGCACCGAUCUACGCCCUGCUUGUGAUUCCUUCUGCCUACACGCUGAUCCCGCCGGAAACAACUACUCCCACGCACAUUCAGGAUUGGCAUAUUUUCGACACCUGCAACUCACUGCUUCGAAACGUGUUGGACGAGGCGCGUCGCCCAUCGCUGCACUUCGGCUUCCAUACGCCCUUCGCUUCCGGCUCGCUGAUACUACGGUCCGGCUACCGCGCGCGCGCGCUGUCACCCAUCAUCUGCACCGCAGACCGCAGGAACGACACGCGCUGUCCCCCGUCGAGCCCACACUCGGUGCAACGCGCCUGCUGCAGGUGCUCAACACUCCUCGCUCGCUCGCCCGCCCACCGAGACGUGCAGCGCCUGCGAUACCGACACGAAACCGCGUGUCAUCCCUCCCGUGAGACCCCAUCUCACGCUUCGGAAUAUCCAGCAGACACCCCUCCUCCAUACACCGCCUGCGGCGCGGGCCCUUGAACCAUGUCGGCUGCCGUGCAGCAACAGAACGAGCGUUUCGCCUCACCCUCCGCCCAGCUGGCGACAUCCCCGCCGUCGUCCUCGCGUCGAGCCGCCGGCCAAUCGAACCAUGCUUCCAUCCCGAGCUCGCCGCCGCACUCUCAGAUGUCUCCGUCCAUGCCUUCACCCCGUGGCAAUCAGACGCAGCAGGGCGCCAUGAGUGCCUCGACAUACCAGCAAUACUACCCUGACCAGGUCACUUCCCCUUCGACGACACGGCCCUCGUCGCAGCAAACGCCUACACACGCGUCUCGAGCCCAGUCUUCACAUGGCCAGCCAGGAGUCAGCAGUGGAAGCGACAGUGAACGACGGAGAGGGACCCGUCCAUCACAAGAACAGCCUGCCAGCGGCAAGAGUCAGCGGUCGCGCAAUGCUCCCACAUCUAGUAGAUCACAGACCUCAAUGGGGCAGCCGCCGAUGGGGACCGACUUACCGCGGGAGAACAGUGCCGUGAUCAAUCGCAUAGUAGUCGACGACCCCCAGACUGAUCGAGCGAGAGAGGAAGCACGGAAGGCAGAGGCCCGUCCCAAUGAUCCAGCUGCACAAAUGGCGGGAUUGUCACUGGACACUGCAGAGCCACCGCCUGUUCAACGAAGCCGGCAAGAGCACUUGAAACACUCGUCCUCGAACAGGAAAGAAGUCAAGUUCGGCGACUACAUUCUGGGACAGACUAUCGGAGAGGGUGAGUUCGGUAAGGUGAAAAUGGGCUGGAAGAAGGACUCCACUGUGCAGGUCGCGAUCAAGUUGAUCCGCAAGGAGAGCUUAGCGGGCAACAACACUCGGCUUCCUAAGAUCUAUCGUGAGAUUUCCAUCCUUCGUGAGCUUCAACAUCCCAACAUUGUCCGCCUGCACGAGUUCGUUGAGACCGAGCGCCAUAUGGGCAUCAUUCUGGAAUAUGCAUCCGGAGGCGAGCUUUUUGACUACAUUCUCAAUCACCGGUAUCUGAAGGAUCCAGCAGCUAGGAGGCUGUUUGCGCAGCUCGUGUCUGGCGUGGGCUACUUGCACAAGAAGGGCAUCGUGCAUCGCGAUCUAAAGCUGGAGAACCUCCUGCUGGACCGCAACAAGCACAUCAUCAUCACCGACUUCGGGUUCGCCAACACUUUCGACCCCAAUGACGAGCUCGGCGAUGAUGUAGAGGGCAGAAUCGCUGACAAGGACUAUGUCAAAAGAUACGGUUAUGACAAGGUCAUUCCGUGGCAAGAUGGACGAGAAGGCGGCCACCGCAGAGGAGAUCUCAUGCAGACAUCUUGUGGAAGCCCCUGCUAUGCUGCACCUGAGCUUGUGGUAAGCGAUGGACUGUACACAGGUCGAAAAGUGGAUGUCUGGAGCUGUGGUGUGAUACUGUACGCGAUGCUGGCAGGAUAUCUGCCGUUUGACGAUGAUCCAGCGAACCCCGAAGGCGACAAUAUCAACCUGCUCUACAAAUACAUCGUGAGCACACCUCUGACCUUUCCGGAAUAUGUCACGCCGCAUGCUCGUGAUCUUUUGCGACGCAUACUGGUACCCGACCCGAGACGGCGAGCAGACUUGUUCGAGGUAGCUCGGCAUAGUUGGCUGAGCGAGUAUACACACGUUGUGGGAUUCAUCGGCAGCAGAGUCAAGAGCGAUAAAGAUAUUGUGGACAACGCAUUGCAAGACGACGAAGCCGCGCAGCUUGGUCGCAGCGCCUCGGUGAGAGAGCCAUCGAGCAGACCGGCCGCUGAUAGAGCUUCAACAUCACAGGCGCCCAGACAUGUCGCGGCAGCGAGCAUGGGAGGCGAUGAAGCCAGUGACUUCAGAAAGCAGCAGAGGGAUGCAAAGCGAAGAACAGUCCAGGUGGAAUACGUGGCGCCGCAGGCCCCAACGGCACGACCAGAUGCGAGCCCAGAAGCAGGCAGGCAAAGACCGCUCCCUAUUACAGCCGUGUCUGGAUCUGGCAAGACAAGAGCAAGAACAGACGCACAAGGACCGGUGGAGGUCACGCCACAACGCCCCGAUAACACAAUGCAGCCGCCUUCAAGAUCAGGCAGGGUGACUUCAGCGGACCAAGCCGGAUCAUACUCUGCUUCGUCGAGCGCAAUUCCACGACCAAACACCAGCGGCACAAUUGGUGGUACGUCUCGACUGCCAUCUCGCGGCAAUUCUUACAGCACGCCGGCUGCCGCUCAGCCAACCAACACCAAUGCACAAGGAUCGUUCUCGCAGCCGAAGUCGAGCUCAGGGUAUAUAAUAUCUGGAUCCGGUCCGAUGGCUUCAGAGCCAGACGAGAUUGAUGCUCGCAAUCGACCGCAGAGCGAGCGUUCCCCUACGGGAGGCCAGUUUCAAACACCCCAGCAACCAUAUCCCGGCGGCAAGCCUUCAAAUCAAUCAGGUCAUCGACGAAGCAGCACUCUGGGGAGUCUUGCAGACAAGGUCCUGAACAGAGGCUCCUCAAAACGGCAGUCGCAGGCCUCACAGCAGGACAGUAACGCUGUCGUACACAAUGAGAAGCGAGAUCGAAAAUACCCUCCUGUCAGCAUGAGGAAUGCAAUACCGAACGCUGGAGGCGAAAUAACACCACGCCCGUCUACCGAUAGCCGACGGCCCAGCUUCUCGUUGCGCAACAAAGCAUCCAAGGACGGAAGUGUCACCGGUCGUAGGUCAUCAAGGCGUUUCUCGUGGCUGCCAGCAAGCUUCAGCAUGAACAACUUUGGCGGCAAGAAGGCCGACGGCUACGAAUCGGGUGGCGAUGAUGGGUACCGUCCACCUACCUCUCAACAAUCGAACCAAUCCAAGCGAGGCAGACCGGAGAGUAAAGGCGCGGCGUUUGGGCGUGGUGCGACCGACAGUCCGCAGGCGACCGACAGCGAUAUGGCUCUUUACCUUGACGAUGAGCGAGAGAAGGUUCGCGAGCGAAGAGGGAGCAAUGUUGCAGCGGCAUCACAGUACAACAAGGCAUUGCCAGCAUCGCCUGGAAACCUCCCACCACCAGGGCCAGGGUCGCGCAAGCAGUAUCGGGAUGAUGGCUACGGUGGCAAUCUGCUCGAGAGCGAAGCGCCCGAACGGUUCUAUACACCUGACGCUGGUAUCGCGACCGGGUCGAACCUCGAGCAGUACAACAUCGGCAGCAAUGGUGAGUGGCUACCUGCUUCUCAGUCUCAGCUAUCGCAAGCAACAGCAGAUACAUCUCGGCGCCGCGACGAGUCGUUGAGACCUGCCCAGCGGCGGUUCGCAGACGGCUACGACCAUGGACACGGUGGCAGCUCGAGCGCGACUCGAAAAGUCAUGGACUUCUUCCGCCGACGAGGCCGAGAACGAGAAACAUAGGAGUUUCCAGUUCCUCGACACGUCAGUGUUAGACGGCGUGGCCCAAGUGGCUACGCCACAGAUGGUGCUCUGGAGAGAUGAAAUGUGUGUACAUGAUCAGGGCUACGACUGUCUAUGCAUGAGUCGACGCAGCACACGAUGAGGCAGUGGUAGUAUGGCGGCGAGGCGGGUCUUCGAUUCACAACGCAACGAUGAAAUGUCGACGCAGGACGGAAACGGCAGCUGACAUGCCGUCCCGCCCUUCGAGAGUCCUUUGCGGCAUCCGGCUGUUUUGCAUCCUGGGCGUCAUAAUUUUCAACAGUAUGGGUCUAAUCGUGGAGCGAUCAUUGGUUCAGCAGUAGCACAAGCGACGGAGUUCUUGGGGAUGGGGGCUUUUAUUUCGAGCGAAACUGUACUUGUGAGCAUCGUAUCUGUGUCGUGUCAUGAUAGAUUCAAUGUAAAUGUGCAGC